AUUCACUUAUGAAGACUCAAGUGUGGUGCGUUAUUGAUAACUCGAAUACAAAUGUUACUCUUAUUUGCCUUGCUCGCGGUGACUUUUGCCAGACACGUCGACUUUCCUUCCAAAGCUUUACAAAAUCCUAACCUUUUCGAAGGAGACAUUGUAGGAAUCGAAGACAAUAACGAAAGAAAUGCCGUAAGGGAUCUUUCACUACGCUGGAAAGGCGGGAUAGUGUAUUAUUCUAUAGAUCCAGAUUUAGAAAAUAUAACUGAUUUGAUAACAGAAGCAAUGAAUCACAUAAAUAAUGCAACAGGAGGAUGCAUCACUUUCAAACAAAGACAAUAUGAACCAGAUUAUAUCUUAUUCAUUAAAGAAGAAGGUUGUAAUUCAUAUAUUGGUCGAGUUAAAGGUGAACAAUAUCUGUCUCUCGGAGAAGGAUGUGAAUACGUAGGUACUAUUGUGCAUGAAAUUGUUCACGCGCUUGGCUUCUAUCACGAACAUAUGCGGCCUGAUAGAGACAAUUAUCUAAUUAUUUAUUGGGACAACAUAGAUGAAGAUUAUUUAGAUCAAUUUGAAACUAUUGAUCCAAAUUUAAUUACUAUUUAUAAUGAUUUCGAUUACAAAUCCGUCAUGAUUUAUGAGAAUUAUGAUGCUUCUAAGGAUGGUAACUCUGUGGCUAUGGAAGCUAAAUCAGGAGUUAAGUUGGGGCCACCAGACUUACGUUUUUCUACGAUCGACCUUCCAUCCAAGACUUUACAAAAUCCUCAUCUUUUCCAAGGAGACAUUAUCGGAAUUCGGAACAGAAAUGUGAGAAAUGCUGUAAGGGAUCUUUCACUUCGCUGGAAAGGAGGAAUAGUGUAUUAUACUAUCCACCCAUCUUUAGAAAAUAUAACGCAUUUGAUAACAAAAGCAAUGAAUCACAUAAAUAAUGCAACAGGAGGUUGCAUCACUUGCAAACAAAGACAAUAUGAACCAGAUUAUAUCUUAUUCAUUAAGGGAGACGGUUGUAAUUCACAUGUUGGUCGAGUUAAAGGUGAACAACAUCUAUCUCUCGGAGAAGGAUGUGAAUCCAUAGUUAUUAUUCUGCAUGAAAUUUGUCACGCGCUUGGAUUCCAUCACGAACAUAGUCGACCUGAUAGGGACAAUUAUCUCUUUAUUCAUUGGGACAACAUAGAUGAAGAUUAUUUAGAUCAAUUUGAAAUUAUUGAUCCGAAUUUAAUUACUAUUUAUAAUGAUUUCGAUCCCGAAUCCAUCAUGAUUUAUGAGAAUUAUGAUGCUUCUAAGGAUGGUAACUCUGUGGCUAUGGAAGCUAAAUCAGGAAGAAGAAUAAAGUGUGCAGCAUUACUAAUAACUCCAGAAAUGUUGCUCUUAUUUACUUUAUUUACAGUGACGUUCGCCAGAUACGUCGACCUUCCAUCCAAAGCUUUACAAAAUCCUGAUCUUUUCCAAGGAGACAUUAUCGGAAUUGAAGACAAUGAUGUGAGAAAUGCCGUAACGGAUCUUUCACUUCGCUGGAAGGGCGGGAUAGUGUAUUAUACUAUCGACCCAAGUUUAAGAACUCUAAAGCCUUUAAUCAAAAAAGCAAUGAAGCACAUAAAUAAUGCAACAGAAGGAUGCAUCACUUUCAAAGAAAGAAAUAGAGAACGAGAUUACGUUAGAUUCAUUAGAGAAUCCGGCUGUUACUCCAAUCUUGGUCGAAAGGGUGGUAAACAAUAUCUAUCUCUCGGAGAAGGAUGUGAAUACAUAGGCACUGUUGUGCAUGAAAUUUUGCACACACUCGGCUUCUAUCACGAACAGAAUCGACCGGAUAGAGACGAUCACCUUAUUGUUCAUUGGGAUAAUAUAGAUAAAAAAGCUCUGCUUCAAUUUGAAAUCUUUAAUCGGAGAAAGCUUACUAUUUAUAACGAUUUUGAUCUCCACUCUAUCAUGAUGUAUGGAAAUUAUGCAUUUUCUAAGAAUGGGAAGUCGAUGACCAUGGAAGCGAAAUCAGGAGUAAGGUUGCUUGAUCCAUACCAGAAGAUUGGUUUAACUUCUAGCGAUGUUUACAGAAUUAAAGAGUUGUACGAGUGUGUAUGAAACAAAAUACUUGAAAUUGUAACAUUAUAAUCUAUCAUGAAAUA